AUGGCUACCGCUGCCCUCCAUCAGGAUCCAGGUACAACGCCCCUAUGGCUUGCCUCCUCCACUGGUUGGACCGUACCGACAACUAUUGUCUCCGCUCUUUCCACCGUUGAGGUCUUCACCCGUAACCCUGGGCACGGGCUCUACGAUAUACCCCGCAGAAUUGGGUCCCUGCUGAACUUCGCCAUCUACACCCUUCGGCCUACUGAAGUGUGCGAUGCCCACCCCCGCGACAAGGACGCGCCAGACAGGAGUUGCUCUAGUGGAGCGCAGAGAAGAUGA